UUGUUAAUAUUCGCUGCUCGGAUCUGUUCGUUGGUCCGAUUCGUCCCGUGCGUAAAUGAGCAGGGGCCCGGCUUAGAUAAGCUUCGGAAUCAACUCAACAGGCCCGGGACUCGUCGAUUUCCAGGCCAGCAGUUGGUGACCAGCUAUCCGGAGUACUUUUCACGAUGUCAUAUGCCCUCCUUGCGUCCACACGAUAUGACCCCUUUUUGUUAUCAUGCGUUUGGAACAAUGAUCUAGAUGGGCCAUCACCUUAUCUUCUCCUUCAUUACCAAGCAGACCGUCUCAUCGCGUCUGCCGCACUCAAUGAUAAGGCUUUCCGUCACGGAACCACUUUGUCCAAUGUCAAGGCGUUAUGCGACAAGGUUGUCCGUGAGCAUAAUGAUUUUAGGGGAGAAAUUGCGUUGAAGGUUCGCGUCGUUUUGAAUCCUUCUGGAGAGCUUUCUGCUACUGCAACCCCGGUGAAAGAGUUCACGAGCGAUCCAACCCUACCAUCUCUCUUCAAUCCCAUAACAGACUUACCCCCUGCAUUCGCCCUCACCAUUCAUAUCGAUACCCAACCAACAUCAGACACCAUAUCAUUGAAGACAACAGAUAGGCGGGCCUAUGAUGACGCACGUAUACGAGCUGGCCUCCAACCUCUAGGCUCGUUGGAUCCACCGGCCAACGAUGCACCUGAUGAUGUGAUCCUGUACAAUACCCGAAAUGUUGUCACUGAGUCAUCCGUGUGUAAUGUUGCAUUCUAUCGCAACCGUCGUUGGGUCACCCCGCUUUUUGGCCGCUGGUUGCAUAUCUGGUGUUCUGCGACGAUGGCUUAUUGAGCAACAACGCAUUUUUGAAGCAGUAGAGGACGAGCUCACGCUUAAUAGUAUCAAGGAUGAUGAAUGGGUGCUUGUUUCUAACGGCGUCAUUGGUUGCCAAUUAGGACGUAUUAAAUUACAUACUUCAACCAAAACGGGUGAUUAUGUCAAAGACUAGACUACUUUUGAUAGUUAUCUAUGAACUAACCUCAUAUGUAUCUAUGUCCAUAGUAUCUACCUCCUGACCAUCAAACAUUCCGUCAUCCAUCUCGCUCAGGAUAUAGUCCACCACGAAACUAUCCUGAACAAGGCGGUCCACUCUGGAUAGAUGCCGUUCAGUGUAUGGAAUCAUACCAUCGACGAGUUCCUUCAAUGCAGUAU